AUGUCGGUUCAUGAAGAUGUCACUGAUCCUCAGCUCCCAGCGAUGAAUGCAGCUCAAUCAGUAGAUCAGGUGGAUCAUCAUCAUCCUCUGUACAUUCACACAUCUGAUACGCAAGGUUCGAUCCUUAUCUCUAUUCAAUUGCAAGGAUUUGAAAAUUACUCGAUCUGGAGUAGGUCAUUGAAAAUCGUAUUGCAUGGCAAAAACAAGUUAGGAUUUGUUCUAGGCACCUGCAAAAAGAGCAACUAUGAUGUUAGCCUUCAUGAACUAUGGGAUAGAUGUAAUGCGAUAGUGCUUGCGUGGAUUAUGAAUACCGUGUCUCCUAAUCUGCUUAGUACUGUAAUCUAUGCAUCAGAUGGCUAUACUGUUUGGGAAGAUCUUAGGGAGAGAUUUGACAAAGUUAAUGCUUCUAGGGCAGCCUACCUAAAACUGUGGGAUGAGUAUGAAACAUUGAUUUCUCCUCCUGCUUGUGGCUGUCCUGAAUCAAAGAAGCAUGUUGAGCACUAUCAACUUCGAAAACUCUAUCCGUUUCUCACUGGGCUUAAUGACUCAUAUGAAAAUGCUAAGAAUCAGGUGUUGAUGACUAGGCCUCUGCCUAAUUUGAAUCAAGCUUAA